GGAGCCGGAGCUUGGGGCUCUGAUGUCACCGCGCGGCCGCCGGCGCCCAGGAGCGCGUCUCGGGCUGCAGUUCAGGAAAGGCCCCGAGUGUGCGGCCCGCGGCCAUCGGCCCUCCCGGCAUCCCCGGGGUCCCGUUAUCGCGCCGCACCGCGUGACUCUGCCGCCCCCUGCGGUCGCCUGGCUUGCGCCUCUGUCCCGCCGCGACUCUACAGAGCCUGAAGCCCCAGGACCCACGGAGCUGGUCUAAGCACUCCCCUGUGCAGCCAUGGAGGCCCUGGGGCCUGGGGACGACCGCGCCUCCCCAGCCUCGUCCACUCGCAGCCUGGACCUGCGGCGGCUGUCCGCGCGCGCCGACUCGGCCUACAGCUCUUUCUCCGCGGCCUCCGGCGCUCCCGAGCCGCGCACGCCGUCGCCUGGGACCGACCUCCUCCCGUACCUAGACUGGGACUACGUGCGCGUGGUGUGGGGCGGCCCGGCCCCCGCCGCGCUCGCCUCCGGCCUUCGCGCGUCCCCGCAGCCCCGGCCCGCGGCCGCCGCGCGCACUGGGCCGCGGCUCCCGGAGGCCCAGGGGGCGCCGGCGCCGCUCAGCCGGCAGGUCACCCCGCUGCUGUUUGCUCUGGCGGCCGAGGCGGAGGCGGCGGCGCGGGCCGUCGAGCCGCCCAGCCCACCGGCCUCGCGGGCCGCCUACCGCCAGCGGCUGCAGGGCGCGCAACGGCGAGUGCUCCGGGAGACGUCCUUCCAGCGCAAGGAGCUCCGCAUGAGCCUGCCCGCCCGCCUGCGGCCCGCGGCCCCCGCCCGGCCCCCCGCGGCACACCCGCGAUCCGCGUCGCUCAGCCACCCUGGCGGGGAAGUGGAGCCGCUGCGCCCCGGGGCUCCCGCGCGGGGAACCGUCGGCCGGGGUCGCCUAGCCACCCAGCAGUGGAAGUGGUGCUUCUCUGAGCCAGGGAAGCUGGAUCGCGUGGGUCGGGGAGGGGGAUCCGCGGGGGAAUGCUCGAGUGAGGCCUGCUCCAGCUCGGCCUUGUCCGGGCCCGAGCCCCAGGAGCGUACGGUGCUGGCAGAGUUGGAAGACCACCAGACCAGAUGGCUGCCUGAGACCCAGCCUCGAGGCAUAGAGGAUCCAGAACCCCGGUCCCUGAAGUUCGGUGACGCCCAUAGGCCUUCCAGUCGGAGUCGGAGCGCUUCAGGCGAAGCCUUGGCUCUCUGGGGAGGUUCAGGAGGGAUCAUGCCCAUUGUCCAGGCUGUUCCCCAAGGAGCAGAAACCCCCAGACCAUUGUUUCAGACCAAACUUUCCAGGUUCCUGACUCGGAAGGAAGCUGCAGUGUUGGGUCCUGCAGAGUGCCUCCAGAGCAGCCCUGCAGACCGUGAACAGAGGGGCUCAGACACAUGCAUUGGGUCUGCCCGGCUCCCAUCCCUUCCUGAUGAUGAGGUUUUCCUGGAAGACGUCCCCCAGGUCAGAAUGAGAUCACCUCCAGACACCCAUGCCCCCACAGGAAACCCAACAAGUGUCCACUUCUCUGACCAGCAGUAUGAGACCAGCUUGGGCCAGAGGGCUGACCAGGCUACAGUCCCCCCGGAACACCCCCUCCAGGAGCACGCAGAGACUGCAGAGGCAGAUGACUGCUGGCGGAAGAUAAAUGGUUCUGUGGGUGUCUCUAGGACCCCAUGCUGCAGCCCCCCUGAGACUGAAAAUGGUGACAUUCCAAUCUUUGACCCCACUGGACUGCUGACUGUUGACCCGUUUGCAGCUACAGAGAGUGACCCCCUCAAACCUCUGCCAGUUGAUGCCCUGGGACCUCCAGGCAACAGCACCCCGGGUGCUCCUAGCCAUACGGCCCUAGCUUGUGGCACUGGCACACCUGAUUCCAGGCCAACGUGGCCCAGCCCCCGCCUUGAGGAGCUGGUUCAGGAGCUGGCCAGACUGGAUCCCUCUAUGAGGGACACUCUCACUUCCUGUCCCAGCCCAGAGCCACCCCUGGGCCUGCUAGAUGGGCUGAUUCCUUUAGCCGAGGUCUGGGCUGCGAUGAGGCCAGCCUGUGAGGAGGCAGGAAAGGAGGCUGCUGGUACUCCUGAGCCAGGGUGCUAUCGAUUUAGCUCCAGCCAGCUCCUGCCAACUUCCCUGGAGGAGAUGAGGUCUGAAAACCAUACCACCCAGCCUGUGCCUGACCAGCCCUGUGGUCAGGGUCUCCCUGAUUCAAACAGCAUCCAAGCCAAGAAAAUGGAGCUAGCCGACCUCCUCCAAAAGACGCUGCGAGACCUUCAGGCAGAGCAGGAGCAGCUGCACGCGGUGGCCGAGGCUUGGGCCAGGCGCGGGGCUGCUCUGGAGGCCGCGGUGGGCCAGGCCUGUGCGCCCCGCGACCUGGAGCGGUUCAGCAGGUUCAUGGCCGACCUAGAGCGCGUGUUUGGUCUGCUGCUGCUGCUGGGCAGUCGCCUGGCCCGCGUGCGCCGCGCCCUGGCCCGGGAGGGCACAGACGGCGACCCAGACGAGCAGGCCUCUCUGCUGCAGCGACUCGGGCUCCUACAGCGGCAGCAGGAAGACGCCAAGGAGCUGAAGGAGCACGUGGCGCGGCGCGAGCGGGCCCUGCGGGAGGUGCUGGCGAAGGCCCUGCCCGCCGAGGAGCUGCGCGCCUAUCGCGCCCUGCUGGCGGGCAAGGCGGCGGUCCUGGCCCAGCAGCGCAGCCUAGACGAGCGGGUCCGGCUCCUGCAGGACCAACUGGACGCCGUCCGGAACGACCUUGGCCGUCGUCCCCCGCCUCCCAGGCCAACCUUGCCCCCGGAGGCCCGUCCUCCAGAUGAACCGCCCUUCCCUCCGCCCCUCAUCUAAUUACAGCUCGUGGGGGUGGGGAGAGCGUCUCCUCUGCUCCACCUCCGCGUAACUGGGGGUGACGCUGGUUUACUCGGUGCUUUUCCCUUGGGGUGGGGAACGCCCAGACCGGGUCUUCCCGGAAUACUUCUGAGUGUUUUCUUGUGGCCUUACCCAAGUCUUGUGGAUUAUUUGGUAAUUAAUUUAUGGAUUUUAAAAACUGCAGUAUUUCCCCUUUUUGUGAUGAGAGACUCAGUCUGGGUUGGUUGGAGGGAGAGAAGACCAAUCAGAAGAGCAUUUAAACUUCAGCUGCAAAACGGUCUUUUUACUUGUCUUUUCUUUCUUUCUUUUAAUAAUAAUAAUUGAUGUGAGAAGUGUGUAUCACCUGGAGGGAUCUUGUUUACAGACUCUGGACACCAGCUUUGCCUGAGUAGAGCAAAAGAGGGGUUUGUUGGAGGGCGUCAGUCUGGUCUGGGAAUCCCUAGGAAGACUGGCAAUACAGGCUUGAAACCAGUCAGGACCAAGGGAAUGCAGGGCCCUCAACUCACUUGCCACCAGUAAUCCUUCCCAGUUUGGUGACUGUGUCACUACCACAAAAGCCUAGGCCUGAUUGGCCGGAUCCAGGUCUCCUUUGCUGGUUUGUACCUCA